AUGGCAAUUUGCGGUAUGGCCCUGAGAUUACCAGGUGGAAUUUCUAGCGAUGCUGAGCUCUGGGAAUUUCUUCUUGCCAAACGUGAUGCUAGAUCACGAGUCCCCGAUAGUCGGUACAAUGCUUCGAGUUACUAUUCCAAAUCAGGAAACCACGGGACUGUAGGAUCGGAGUAUGGGUAUUUCUUAGAUGAAUCCGUCAACCUCGGAACCCUGGAUACCAGUUUCUUCAGCUUUACAAAGCUCGAAAUGGAGUAUAUUGAUCCUUGUCAGCGUCAGCUGCUGGAGGUUGUCCGAGAGUGUUUUGAAAGCGCCGGGGAGGUUGAUUAUCGUGGAAGAGAUAUUGGAUGUUUUGUGGGCUCAUUUGGCGAUGAUUGGACCGAAAGCCUUAUAUACGAUGAACAAACUUCGGCCAAGUAUCCUCUCAUGGUCGGGGGAGACUUCGCUAUCCCAAAUCGAGUCUCGUACGAGUACGACCUCCACGGACCAAGUCUGAGCAUUCGUACAGCCUGCUCCUCAUCGCUUGUCGCGCUCCAUUCUGCAUGUCUAUCAAUCGAAAGAGGGGACUGCUCAGCUGCCAUUGUUGCUGGUUUCAAUCUCAUUCUUACCCCCACGAUGACCAUGAUCAUGUCGACAAAGGGUGUACUAUCUGCUGAUGGAUCUUGCAAAUCGUUUGAUGUAGGCGCCAAUGGAUAUGGUCGCGGAGAGGCGGUCAACGCUGUGUACAUCAAGCCCUUGAAAGACGCUCUACGUGAUGGAAGCCCUAUACGCGCCGUUAUUAGAGGCACUGCUAUGAACUCAGAUGGAAAGUCCGCAGGAUUUACUGUCCCCAGUGCAGAUGCUCAGGAGAACGUCAUCCGGAAAGCCUAUAGCGCUGCUGGUAUUAGUGACUUUUCCCAGACCGCGUUUGUGGAAUGUCACGGCACAGGAACUCCCGUCGGUGACCCUAUUGAGGUUGCGGCGGUUGCAAAUACCUUUGGUGGGGAUACUGGAAUGUACAUUGGGUCCGUCAAGCCCAAUGUUGGGCAUUCUGAAGGCGCAUCGGGGCUCACCUCUUUGAUAAAGGCAGUAUUGGCCAUUGAAAACCGCAUCAUUCCACCUAAUAUCAAGUUCAAUAUCCCGAACCCCAAGAUUCCGUUUGAGGAUAAGAAAAUUACCGUUCCUGUGGAGGCGACACCAUGGCCUCAAGGCCGCUGUGUAAGAGCUAGUGUAAACAGCUUUGGAAUGGGUGGUGUCAAUGCUCAUGCUAUUAUUGAGUCUGCUGAGAAUUUCACCCCACCAAGCUCAGACUUGAUUGAUGAGCAAGAUCCAGGACCACGGUUACUCUUGUUUUCAGCCAACACGCAGAUUUCACUCGAAGCAAUGAUUGAACGGAAUCUUGGUUAUCUGAGAGAGAACACCGACUCUCUGCGUGAUCUUGCAUAUACAAUGGGUGCAAGGCGGGAGCACCUUCCGUUCCGGGCUGCGUCUAUCGUACACAACGACAUGUCAGUUACCACAUCCUCAUUUGGGAAGACUUCCUCAAGUCCACCAGAAAUUGUCAUGGUGUUCGCGGGGCAGGGCUCUCAAUGGCCAGGCAUGGGAGUUGAGCUUUUCAAGAGCAAUGCCACUUUUCGGAGGUCAAUUUUGGAGAUGAAUAGGGUCCUGCAGAAUUUGCCCGAUGCCCCUGCCUGGUCGAUCAUGGAUGAAAUCUCAAAGGACAAUGAGACAAGCGAGCUUUAUUUAUCGUCUCAUUCGCAACCGAUAUGCACCGCAAUUCAAAUAGCACUUGUUGAUACCCUUUUCGAACUAAACAUCACACCCUACGCGGUCAUUGGUCAUUCGUCCGGGGAGCUUGCCGCAGCGUACGCUGCAGGCAAGCUCACCGCAAGCCAAGCUGUGAUAUUGGCAUACUACCGCGGCGUCGUGGCAGGAAUGGUGAAACAGGACGGGUGCAUGGCUGCGGUCGGGAUGGGGAGACACGAAAUUGAUCAAUUCUUGAGACCAGGAGUGGUCGUCGCGUGUGAAAACUCUCCUUCUAGUGUUACUAUAUCAGGUGAUGUUGAUCAGGUGGAGCAUGUGAUGCAGGCAAUAUGUUUGGUACGUCCGGAAAUCAUCGUCCAACGACUCAAGACUGAUACUGCAUAUCACUCACACCACAUGAAAUUCGUGGGAGAUACAUACCAUUCAUUUAUUAAUCCAUAUCUCGCUAGUGUGGGCGAGCCAAAAUGUCAGGGCGUCCAAUUCUUCUCAACGGUUACCGGCGAUGUGCUGAGCGAUGGAGAUCCAGUGGGAUCGAAAUACUGGCAAACGAAUCUUGAGUCGCCUGUUUUAUUCCACAGUGCCCUCAAACUCAUUGUCACCCAGCAAAACGGCCGCCAUCUUCUAUUUCUCGACGUUUCACCUCAUGCCACUCUCGCUGGCCCAAUUCGCCAAACGCUAGACCAAGAACAAGUGACCCAUCCUUAUGUGCCUUGUCUAGUUCGUUCCAAAGACUGUGCCGAAUCCUUCCUCUCUAUGAUUGGUCAGCUGUAUUCGCACAGGCAGCCCCUCGACUUCAAUAUCCUCACCAACCCAGAUCGAAGUGCGAAAGUGCUCACGGAUGUACCGACCUAUCCGUGGCAGCAUAAAUACUCAAGCUUAUACGAGCCACGCCGGAACAAAGAAUGGCUAUUCCGCAAACAACCGAAGCACGAAAUCUUGGGAACUCGAGUGGUUGAUAGCACAGACAAUGAGCCCUGCUGGAGAAAUGUUCUAUAUCUAGACCAAGUCACAUGGCUCCGGGACCACAAAGUAUCGGGAAACAUCGUCUUCCCAGCCGCCGGCUAUAUAAUGAUGGCUGGAGAGGCCGUGAGACAGAUCGGUUCCUCUGCAUCUGCAUUCAUCAUCCGCAGGAUGGUUUUAGACAUGGCAAUGGUCCUAAACCAGUCAAAUCCCACAGAGAUUGUGACAUCACUGCGGCGCCAUCGUCAGGAUAAAUGGUACAGCUUUACCAUUAGUUCAUACAAUGGCGUAAAAUGGAUCGAGCACUGCUCCGGGGAGAUUACCCAGUGUCAUGGCCUCCCCUCUGCUGUGAAUGUGCAGAAACAAACCCUCUCCCGUGAUAUUGAUGUCUCCAGCUGGUACAGAACUCUCAGCCGGGGUGGUGUUGAGUUUGGACCCGCCUUUCAAGGCAUCGAAAGUCAAUCCUGUUCAGCCACUAGUAAUAUUGUGUCCGGAAAGAUCGUAUCUAAGGUGAAUGAGUCAACACGCUAUCCAGUAUAUCCUACACAAUUGGAUUCAAUUCUCCACAUCGCGUACGGUGCAAUUUACAAAGGGUUUGAUUGGCAGGUUGAAUCAUUGCCUGUUCCAACGAGUAUUGAGGAAAUCUAUGUUACUGGCGAUUGUGCGUUAGAACUGGAUGUCACGGCGCGGGCGGAUGUCUCCAAAAAGGACAUUAUAGUCUUCGAUAGUGAGGCAUUUACAUCUGAUGGUUCUCUUUCAGUGCGAACUAAAGACGUUGUUCUUCGACCCCUCGGGGCGAGCCAGGCUCUCUUUGCAGAGGGUGACUCCAAGGCCGGAGCAAGGCUUCAUUGGCAACCAAGUAUACAAUUCCUCAAUAUCGCUGACCUCAUUCAGGCGGCAGCAGGGUGGGAGGAUAACGCCAUGUUAUUGAACUCUUUUACUUCGUUGUGCAUUGAACAGGCUCUCUAUCGACUUGACGCGCAGGGUGUGUCUUCAGGCAUUACACACCUCCAUAAAUACCAGGAAUGGCUCCGAAGACAAGCCAAACCAACAUAUGAGCAAAGCAUAGAGUCAUUGCUUGGCCAAAUUCUAGCUACUUCGGCGGCACCUUGUGCCCGAGCAAUGAUGAAAGUAUUAGACAACAUUGUCCCGAUAUGCAAAGGCGAAAUCGAUGCUUUGGGAGUACUCAUGGGCGAUGGUACUCUGUAUAACUUCUACAACUACCUCAACGAGGUUGACCGUGCUCCACUCUUUGGUUCUCUAGGCCACUACCAGCCGCAGCAGCGAAUCCUUGAGAUUGGGGCAGGCACAGGAGGAACGACGGCAAAGAUUCUUUCUCAGACAAAGUACUCAAAGUAUACAUUUACAGAUAUUUCCGCGGCUUUCUUUCCAGCCGCAAAAGACAGGUUCGAAUGUUACCCGAAUAUCGUAUUCCAAACACUUGACAUUACCAAGGACCCCCUGGCUCAGGGCUUCGAGCCGGAGUCAUUUGAUCUGAUCAUUGCAGCAAACGUCUUGCACGCCACACCAAUUCUGCACGAAACUCUCACCAACGUCCGCAAGCUCCUUCACCCGCAGGGAAAGCUAUUGUUAGAGGAGCUUUGUGGCGAUUCGAAAUUCAUCAAUUUCAUUGCCGGGAUUCUGCCUGGUUGGUGGGCAGGUGAGUCGGAUGGCAGAGCGGACGAGCCAUACAUCUCUCCUGAUCGAUGGGGCAAGGCCUUGGAGGUUGCGGGCUUCAAUGCACUCGAUGACGUUGCGUUUGAUACAGCGCCACCACUCCAUAGCCUUGCAUACAUGCUUGCAAGUCCCUCCUGCGUCCCUGACGCCUUAUCGAAGAAGGGUGUCACCUUGAUUUCUGAUAUAACAUCAUCAGAAAUUGCUGUACAGAUGCAGAAACAGUUACGGUCUAGGGGGUAUACCGUCGGUAUUUGGGGACUCGAUCACUCUUUGCGGGAUGGGGAAGACGUCAUCGUUCUUCUCGAUACAGUAUCCCCAUUCUUCAACGACCUAAACACUAGCAGUCUUUCUGCUUUCCAGUUUUUCUUACUUCAACUGCUGCGAUCGCAUUCUGGGGCCCUUUGGGUGACCCGAUCGACCCAGAUAGACUGCACCAAUCCUCAGUUUGCACCUACUAUGGGUGUUGCACGUACAGUUCGGUCCGAAUUUGGCAUCGAUUUCGCGACAUGUGAGGUUGACAAUCUGAAGUACACGAGCAUCGGGCUUGUCAUUGAUGUUUUUGAAACUUUCCAUGGGCGGGGUCAUGGAGACGAUUUCUUUUCUGAAUAUGAAUAUGCCAUUCAGGAAGAGGCUAUUCAUGUGGGACGUAUAUUCCCACUCUCUGUCCAGGACGAAAUCCAAGAGAUUGAAGAAGCGCAUGUGAACAUCAAAGAUUCGAGACUAUCUCUUGUUGUUGGGACAGCUGGGCGCGUUGAUUCUUUGGCGUGGACAGCCUAUCCAGGACAGCAAGGGCAGUUAUUGACAGAUGAUGAGGUAGAAAUUCAGAUAGACACUGCGGGCGUAAACUUCGAGGACAUCCUUAUAUUUUUAGGCAUUUUGGAACUACCUAGUACGGUGAUGGGUCUUGAGGCUGCUGGCAUUGUGCUCCGAGUUGGUGCGCAAGUUCAGGAUCUUUGUCCGGGUGACCGAGUAGCUGCAUUUGGUCCUGGCACCUUUGCUACGUCAAUGAUACUUCCAGGAUCACGCUGCAUCAAGAUUCCCGAUUCUUUAACACUGGAAAAUGCAGCCACAAUGCCGCUUGCGUUUGCCACUGCACUACACGGAAUUUGUGACAUCGGACAGCUGCAAAAGGGCCAGACUAUUCUUAUCCAUUCUGCCUCGGGUGGAGUAGGCCUUGCUGCGAUUCAAAUCAGUCAAAUGAUUGGAGCAACCAUCUAUGUCACUGCCAGUAGUGAGAAAAAGGCUGAGCACCUUACAACAGUGCAUGGUAUUCCCCGGAACCAUAUUUUCGAUUCCCACGAUUCAUCUUUCUUGGAGGCUAUUAUGGUGCUGACAAACGGCCGCGGGGUGGAUUUGGUGUUGAAUUCGCUUUCUGGGGAGUUGUUUCAAGCUUCUUGUAACUGUGUGGCUAAGUUUGGUAAGCUGGUCAACCUUGCCAAAUCUACAUCGGUCAGUCCGGGACAACUGCCUAAGAGCACCUUGCAUUCGAAUAUGAGCUACAUUGUUAUCGACAUAAUCGACUACAUUGAGUGCAGACCCAAAGAAAGCAAACGGCUGCUGAAGAAAAUUAUGGACCUUUACACAUUGGGUCAUGUGGGACCUAUUAUCCCGGUGAAGAUAUUCGCCUCAAAUGAUGUCAAAUCAUGCUUCGAGUACAUGCAGAGCGGUCAACAUAUCGGGAAGCUAGCGCUUUCUUUCAGAUCACAGGAUACGUCAAUCGAAGCAAUUUCCCACUCCCACGCAAUCACUUUCCGAGCCGAUGCGUCUUACCUUCUUGUAGGAGGUCUCGGGGGGUUAGGCAGUGAAGUCGCUAGAUGGAUGGUUCAGCAUGGUGCUAGACAUCUCAUCUUCCUAUGCCGAACCGCAGAUUCAGAGUCAAACCAUAGGCUUUUCCGUGAACUCAAAGACCAGGGCUGCUCCAUCACAGCCGUCAAGGGAAGUGUCUGCAACUUGCCGGACGUCAAGGAGGCCAUCUUAUCUAGCACCAACUUAAAGGGUAUCUUCAACAUGUCUAUGGUGCUACAAGACGCAUCGCUUCUCAAGAUGACAUUGGACGAAUGGAACGCUUCUACCAGACCAAAGAUACAAGGUACAUGGAAUCUACAUGACGCGAGCUUAGACGCAAACCUUGAUUUCUUCGUCCUUUUCAGCUCGAUGGGUAGUAUUCUCGGAAUACCUGGACAGGCAAAUUACGCAUCUGGAAACGCAUUCAUGGAUGCAUUCGUGCAGUUCCGCCAUCGCUCCAAACUGCCGGCUUCAGUAAUUGACGUUGGUGCAGUCCAAGGCAUUGGACAUGUCGCUGAGAACCCAGCGAUCUUGGACAAUGUCAAGUUACUCGAUUGUGCUCGCAUGAGUCAAAGAGAUUUGUUUAAUGCGAUAACGAUUUCCAUACAUCAUGGCCCUCCUCCACAGGGCCGGCGCGAUAGCUGUUACACAAAUCCAGCACAAUUCCUCACAGGGCUCAGAGACACCGCCGACAUCUUCAGCAAACCGAAUGGAAAUACAAUACUGUGCGAUAGUCGCCUAGCUGCCUAUUUUAGCAAUGCUGCUGACAAUGUGCCUACGGAGAAGAUCACCUCAGCCGAUAAACUGAAGGAUUUCGUUUCUUCGGCUGCUGUAGACCCGACCAUUCUUACCGAGGCAACAGCGGCUGCGUUUGUUGCUACCGAAAUCGCCAAAUGGGUAUUUGACCUCCUCAUGAAACCGGUUGACGACGAUUCUGAAAUCGACCUUUUACGCUCUCUCGUCGACGUCGGCCUGGACAGUCUUGCCGCUGUUGAGAUGCGUGUUUGGUUAAAGACGUCUUUAGGGUUGGACAUUAGUGUUUUAGAAAUCAUGGCAAUGGCUAGUCUUGCUGCGAUGGGUGAGCAUGUGGUUCAAGCGUUGGUCAGAAAAAUUGAGGGAGAUAAGAAAAAGUGA